GACCCUGCGGGAGGCGCGGUACAAUAGAGCCGUUGUGCCGUGGUGCCGGACCGCCUGCUGCCCGGGAGAAGCGCCUCUGUGGUCGGAUACAAACCUCCAGAAGCCUCGGUGUCUUCUGUACAUGCUGGACGCGGUGUCCGGACGGACAUGUGGCCUGAAUAAAGCGGAGGACUGGAGGAUGUUACAGGAUGAAACGUCUCAGGUCGUCGAGCAGCAGCGACAGUUCUGACAAUGAGAGUCCCUCCACCUCCUUCUGCUCCUCCAACAAGUAUGGAGGCGGCAAACCUGGAGCUCCGGUCUCCAACCAGAAGAAACCGGCUGAAGUGUUCAGAAAGGACCUGAUCAGCGCCAUGAAGCUGCCGGACUCCCACCACGUGUCCCCGGAGGACUACUACCUGCUGGCGGACGCCUGGAAGCAGGAGUGGGAGAAGGGGGUCCAGGUGCUGGCGAGUCCAGACACAAUCCCAGAACCGUCCGUCAGGGUGAUGGAGGAGAAGCCCAAAGAGGUUAUCUACACCCACCAGAGGAAGCACAUCCAGUGCUCCAGCCGGGAGACGACGGAGCCGGGUCACGUGGACAUCAGGGAGCUCGCAGAGGCCAUGUGUCGCUACGACCUGGACGACAUGGACCUCCACUGGCUGCAGGCGCUCAACAGGGAGCUGGACCGCAUGGGAGAGGAGCCGGUGGACGAGCUGACGAUGGAGCGCACCAUGGAGGCUCUGGAGAGUCAGUGCCACGACAACAUGAACCACGCCAUCGAGACGGUGGAGGGUCUGGGGAUCGAGUACGACGAGGACGUCAUCUGUGACGUGUGCCGCUCCCCCGACAGCGAGGAGGGCAACGACAUGGUGUUCUGCGACAAGUGCAACAUCUGCGUGCACCAGGCCUGCUAUGGAAUCGUCAAAGUGCCCGUUGGUAACUGGCUGUGCAGGACGUGCGUCCUCGGCAUCGACCCUCAGUGUCUCCUGUGUCCUCAGAAGGGCGGGGCCAUGAAGGCAACACGGGCCGGCACCAAGUGGGCUCACGUGAGCUGUGCUCUGUGGAUCCCAGAGGUGAGCAUUGCUUGUCCUGAGAGGAUGGAGCCGAUCACCAAAGUGUCCCACAUCCCUCCGAGCCGCUGGUCUCUCAUCUGCAGUCUGUGCAAAUGGAAGACGGGAGCCUGUAUCCAGUGCUCGGUGAAGAACUGCACCACUCCCUUCCACGUGACGUGUGCCUUUGAGCACAGCCUGGAGAUGAAGACCAUCCUGGACGAAGGCGACGAGGUCAAGUUCAAGUCGUACUGCCUGAAGCACAGCCAGUCCAAACCCGGGGAGGUCGGCCUGAGCCCGGCUCGCUCCAAACCCGCCGCCGACCCCCAGAAGGGGGGCCAGCGGGCCCAGAGGCUGCAGGAGCUGGAGGAGGAGUUCUACACCCUGGUCCAGCAGGAGGAUCUGUGCCGGGCCCUCGGGCUGCCGGCCCGCCUGCUGGACUUCAUCUGUCAGUACUGGAAGCUGAAGAGGAGAGCCAACUUCAACAAGGCCCUGCUGCCCCCCAAGGAGGACGAGGAGAACCUGGUGCUGCAGCCGCAGGAGGACAGCAUCCACACCCGCAUGAGGAUGUUCAUGCACCUGAGACAGGACCUGGAGAGGGUGAGGAACCUGUGCUACAUGGUGAGCCGUCGGGAGAAGCUGAAGGUUCUGCAGAGCAAAGCUCAGGAGCAGAUGUUCAACCUUCACGUGAAGCUGCUGAACCAGGAGCUCUCUGCUGGUCUGCCCUCCUCGUCUCCGGCGGAGAGCCUUCUGUUCCGUCCUCCUCCUCGGAUCACGCUGAAGCUCAAAAUGCCCAAACCCUCCGGUCUGGGAAACGGGACGCCCGGUUCUAAGUCCGGUAACGGGCCGCUCUGCCCGGACCACAGCGGUAACGUGGCCGAAGGUGAAGGUCUGGGUCAGGGGAAGCCUCAGAUGCACGGCCGUGGUCGCAGAGAGGAGCGCUCCAACGGCCGCCUGUCCUCGUCCUCCAGCCACUCCCGCAGCACGGCCUCGCUGCCCGCCAUCAAACCCACGGGCAAACCGCUCGCCCUGCACGCCGCGCUCCACAGCGGCCACUCCUCCAACGGCAAACCGGACAAAGACCGUAAAUCCAACGGCCUCCUGGAGAAGCUUGUGGCGCAGAAGGACAGUUCCUGCCAGACGCCCGGAGACCAGGACACCUCCAGUCCGCCGUCGGACAAGAGCAGCUUACGCAAGUCGGCCAUGGAGCACUUUGGACGGUCCUUCAAGGAGGCCACCAUAAACCUGGUACGGACCACGGAGGACCUGCGGGCCUCCGACAAACUGACCCGAAAGGAGAGACUGUGGGCCAAACCGGAGCACAGAGUGAAGAGCGGCCGGUCGCACCAGGACAGCGACGGAUACUGUCCAGACCUGGAGCUCAGCGACUCGGAGCCCGAGGCCAAAGGGGGCGGCGGCAGGGCGGCCCGCCUCAACCGGACGCCGCCGGGAAGGGGGCGGGCGUGGGAAACAGUCCCUGAGCUCCAGACACGCCGUGCAGAGGUGACGGCCGGUUGUGGACUCCGGACUCACAAGUGCCAGACACGUCAGGGACCAGGACCAGGACUAGGACUAGGACCGGAACCAGGACCCAGCGGAUGCUGCAGAGGAGGCAUGAAGGGUUUCUGGACUGGUGAAGCAGCUCGGUGUCGCUCGGUGUGAGAGGAACAGUCUUCUGAGAUUAUCAUCGUUUGCCUUUCAUUGUGACUAGAACUACAUUUUGUACUCUGCACAACUUUGUAUCACCCCCCCACCCCCCCACUGAUUUCCCCCCGACACACGGUUCAAUGAGCCUCUGUAACUGCUGUACAGACAAAUGUUCACAUUGGGAUGUAAAUAAUAAAUCACACACGCUCCACUUUAUCAAGACUCCAAACAUCCAAUCAGAACGACUACCUUUACAUGCACCAAAUAUUUUAGCUCUAAUUUUGAAAAAGACAAUAUUCCUUAUAAGCUAUUUACAUGGCUAAUUCAAAUAAAUAUGACACUAAUAUUGAUCAUUUUCAUAUUGUCAUAUUCUGAACAAUAGUAGAAUAUGUGGUGCAUGUAAACGUCAUCAGUGACGCAUCAGAUCUGCAGAACUCUUCUGCAGCUGUUUCUUGCACAUUUGUCUGAUUUCUCACAGCUGAUAAACUUUUAUUUUUCUUUAAUUAAUUUGUCCAGUAGUGAUGUCAUUAGUUUGAACAGAAACCCUCCUGUGAGUAGAAGCUCAGUUUAAGCUCAGUUUAACACUAUUAGUACGUUUCUGUUAUGUUUUCUUCAGGUUGUAUGAAGUCGUUUCCUCGUCGUGGAAUCAAAGCUCUUGUCUCAUAAAUGAGGAGAAACGUGUGAAACGGGUGAUUCCAUCCCGGUGACGUAGUUGAGAUCAGAUGUGUAAAGAUGUUUGCCUCGGAUCAUCACAUGAUCAGCCUUCAUCAUCACAGUCUUCUCUGUUUGUUUUGAUAAUAAAUAACUGGUUCUCUAUCUUCUGGACGUCGUCGGGAUUCUUUUGAUUCAGAUGUUUCUUUGUUUUGAACUUUAUUC